ACCGGAAGUGACUUCAUGUCCCGAGUUUGCGUCACUUCCUCAUGUGCUUGUCCUCCACUGGUCUCUGUCCCGAACACACACACACGCACGCGCGCUGCUCCUCGUGAGGUGAGGCUGUGAGACAUGGGCGCGCGCGUGGGUCGCGUCUUUAGGAACUUCAAUCUGGAGUCUCGCGCGCACCGACAAAUCGGCAAAAGCAAACCGGAAGCGGCGCCUCGACAUCCGGUACCGAGUAACCAUGGCAACAGCGUCCCGCCUGUGAAUGAGAUCCAAAGGAAGGAUGAUUCGCUCCUUAAUCGACUCAGACAAGUUUAUGUGGAAUCUAAGGACCCACAAACACCGACAUUGGCGUGUGUAAAGACGCCGCGGCCGGUGGAUCGUCGCCCCCUCAGCGCCUCACUGGCGCCCCCUGGAGUGUGUGAUGUCACAGAUGUGCCCAAAGGCAGGCUGACCCUUGUGGAGGCGCUAACGGCGCUAAACAAGCACAAGCUAACGCCUCAGGAGUGGCCGGCUGAGCGGAUAGCGCAGGAGCUAACGCUAACACACAGCGACGCCUGCGCGCUAACGCGCUACUUUAUCCCCUUUAACAUUAAAGUCAUUAAAGUGCCGCGUGCUGACAAUAUACAGACACACAUUUCUGACUCCUAACACACACACACACACACACACACA